UUCCUGAUUGAUUGUAAUUUAAAGAAGGGCUUCAGUUUUACAUUGAAGAGUCUUUAAUCACCAUGUCCAGCACAUAUUUUAAUGACAUCUGGCAUCAAUCCCAGCAUGAAUGUGAGCUGCUGUCCACUAUUGACUACGAGAGGCAGCACCAGGAUGUGGAGACAACGGUGGCCACCAUGAAUGCUGCUGUUGGCUCUGUCGCUGCUGAUGCGGAUGCCAAAGUCCUGCUGCAAUCGAGUCUAUACGAGUUCUAUCUGCGAUAUAUCUGCUUGAGUAAUCGCCUUGAGGAUGUUUACGAUAAUAUGAUCCAGCCCCAGAAACGUCAGUUGGUGCGCAAAUUGCUGGAUGCCUGUCUGGGUCGAGUGGUUGAGCUAAAGCACGAUCUCGUGAACAUAGAUUUGAUGGAGUUCAGCUACAACGACGACGUGGUGGAGCGACUGCGUCUGACACCAAUGGAGACCGAGCUGCGAAUUCCCCGAUACUUUCUCCGCGAGCGGCAACAAGAGUUGGAGUUUCGCAAGAAGACCAUGCAGGAGAUCCUCGUAAAACUGGGCUGGCUGGAGGAGCACGAACUGGAGGAGACAGUAACCACCGAGAUCGAAGCCGUACGGAUGCUGCAGAUGCAUGAGCGAGCACGUCAGGGUCGUUUGCGCGCCCACUUUAUGAAGGAAAUUCGUAUCCUCAAGGAGAAAGGUAAGUCUGAAGAGCGCAGCGAAAAGGAGCGUAGUGACUCCGGACUUUUGGCCGCCAUGAAGAUCCAGAAAAUGUGGCGUGGCCACACAGCUAGGCGAAUCACGCGCCGCCGUAAAAUGGAGGAGAUGAUCCUAAUUGGUAUGCUCCCACCUCCUCCGGCCGUGGUUAAGGAACGGGCUGAAAAGCUGGAAAAGCUGCAGCACAACGAGAAACGCUACCAGGCGCAGGCACUUUACGGGGAACAGUUUGAGGAGAGACAGGUCGCCGUGCAGGAGGAGAUCCGGGCCAAGCACGGCGCCAGCAUGAAGGAGGAUAUCGCCGAUGAGAUCCGGGCCUGGGUUAAGGAUUGCUACGACAAGACGGGCAAGCUGCCGGACUUUCCCUCCGAGGAUCAGGGCGGCUCCCUGCACAUCUUCAGCAGACCUGGAACGGAGAGCGAGCACAGCCGUUCGUCAGCACGCUCUUCCAAGGAGUCUCGGAAGACGAAAGACAAGUCUAAGUCGCCGGCGCGCAGCGGAGACCUCAACGUCAAUGAAAACCAGGAGGAGGAGGUCAGUUUCCAGCCAGCGCCCUCCGUCUGCCUUCCAGACAUCCGCGCGGAAAUUGAUCUCUUCAACGACACAUGGCGCGACAAAGACGAGGCGGGGGUGCUGAGCCAGGCGGCCUACGAGGACAUGAUCUACAGCGACAAGUACCAGGAGGUGGAGCUAGAGUUUCGACGUGCUGUUGACGACGUAAUGCGUCAGGAGAUCGAGCUGUUGCAGACGGCGGUCGGAAAGAAAGUCAAGAAGAGCAGCAAAAAGACGCGACGCUCCGGCAAGAAAAGCAAAAAGAAGAAGGAGAAGGAUCUCACGCCGGAUCGCACAACUGAGUCGCUGUAUGAGGAGCUGGUCACGAAUGGCAUUAUCCGGAAAUACCCGGAGCUGAAAAUGAAACAGUUUCUGGGCGACAAAUCGCUGACUGCUCGGAAUGGCACGAAUCCCUCACCGGGUGACAUCCGCCAGAUCCUUACGGAGUAUUGCAUCCUUCCGCUCGGUUCGGAUGCCAUCCACAAUUGCACACCGCUCAUACGCUCCAUCCUGCUGGCUGGACCCAGGGGAUCCGGAAAAAAGGCCCUGCUCCACGCCAUUUGCACGGAGGUAGGAGCCGUGCUUUUCGAUCUGACCCCGGCCAAUAUUGUAGGAAAGUAUCCUGGCAAGUCGGGCCUCAUAAUGCUGAUUCACCUGGUCCUGAAAGUGUCCCGACUUCUUCAACCUGCCGUCAUAUACAUGGGCGAUGCAGAGCGACCGUUCAUGAAAAAAAUUCCCAAGACUGAUCGCACGGAUCCCAAGCGGUUGAAAAAGGAUCUGCCUAAGCUGAUUAAAAACAUAGCGCCAGAGGAUCGUGUCAUUUUUGUGGGCACCUCAAAUCUGCCUUGGGAAGCUGACCAAAAACUUCUCCAAUCCGUCUACAAUCGGUUUAUUUACAUUCCACGACCGGACUACGGAGCCAUGUCACAUGCCUGGAAAACAUUGCUGCACGACUAUUCUGGUGGCAUUUCCAAUCUGGACACCAGCGCCAUGGCCAAAAUAUCAGACGGCUAUACCAUUGGAGCCAUCGAUGCCUGCCUCAAGGAGGUGAUGACAUGCAAGCGGAAACUGCAGCUUCGCACCCAACCGCUCACCAAUGCCGAGCUCAUCAAUGUCCUUUGCUCCCGUGAUCCUGUCUAUCGCGAGGAAGAGGAGGCCUUCGAAUCCUGGUGGUCGAAGACACCCCUGGGACGCCGUCGUCAGCGAUUUUUGGAGCUGGAAGAGGAGCGCUUGCUGGAGGAGCAGGCUCAGGCUGCCAAGCAGGGAAAUGGAAAUAAAAAGAAGGGCCUCAACUAAAAGGUAAACAUGAUAUUUCUCAUGUUUAAGAUUGGUAUAAAAAGGACAAUUGUGACUCGCUAUAUUAAGAGAUUACAAUUUUUUUAAUUGGAAUAUCUACAAAUUUUAGAAUAUGAAUUAUAAAACUCAAAGAAUAACAGCAUACACAAUUAAAAUAAAUGUAAUCCUUAAGGAACAACUAAUCGAAAGGUAUUAAAAAGUAAUCUAUAAAUUUCAAAAAAUA